AAUUUUUUUGCUCUUCUCUGACCCAUCGCUGGGGAGAUUUCUCUAAGAAAGUCUUUAACUUUUGAUCUCAAGCUUUCAUCUCUCCCUCAACACAAGCUCCAGGUUCAUAAAUAUCUACUUACAAGUUGACUUCAGAAUGGCGAGCAAUAUCAUCUUGUUCGAGGAUAUCUUCGUGGUCGAUAAGCUAGACCCUGAUGGCAAAAAGUUUGAUAAAGUUACUCGCGUUCAAGCUACGAGCCACAACUUGGAAAUGUUUAUGCAUUUAGAUGUUAACACAGAGGUUUAUCCAUUGGCUGUUGGUGAUAAGUUCACACUUGCGUUGGCUCCCACGCUUAAUCUCGAUGGAACCCCUGAUACCGGCUAUUUUACUCCGGGAGCAAAGAAAACACUUGCGGAUAAGUAUGAAUACAUCAUGCACGGGAAGCUUUACAAGAUCUCUGAGCGUGACGGCAAAACUCCUAAAGCAGAGCUAUAUGUUUCGUUUGGCGGCCUCCUGAUGUUGCUUAAGGGAGAUCCAGCUCACAUUUCUCACUUCGAACUCGACCAGAGGCUCUUCCUACUCAUGAGGAAGCUGUGAGAUGCCAUUGUCUGAUCAUUACCCGGCAUUUUUCGCAUAUUAACAGAAAUCUUGAUCUAAUGUUUAAUAUUUGCUACUUCAACUUAUGCGAUUUUCAUGAAGCAACUCUUGUGCAAAAGCAAGUUUUUCCGUACCGUUUUAA